AUGGUCAGGCAAUCUCAGAUUUUAGUUAUAGUAACUGAGCUAAAUAUAAAGAAUGAAAUUCGUACUCUUUAUCCAAAAUUGAAUGUUGUUUGCUUGAGCAACUUAAAACAACUCAAUGAGAAGCAGAAAUACUGUUCUGCCGGAUUUAUGCGGAUUGGCAUUUACAGAACCAUAGUUGUGAACUGGAUAAUUCAGGAAAAUAUACCCGUAUUUCUGUUUGAACUGGACGCAAUGUGGUUACAAAAUCCUUUACCAUUUCUGAUUGAUACAGAGCCGUACGAUUUAGCCAUUAUACCGACCUAUGAUAAAUCCUUCGAGGCAGCGAUCGGAUUUUACUACAUGAGAGCAAGCAAACGUAUGAAACAAUUUUGGCGGGAAUUGAUUCGUCGACUCAUUGACUUGAAGAACAUGUUUUCUUGUUUGAGAAAUGAAGAUCUCGUUAGAGAGAGAGAUAACGACCAAAUGGUUCUGCAUGAUAUGAUCAAGGAACAUUAUAAAAAUAUUAUGAUAUACUUUUUACCACUAGAUAGAUUUAUUGACGGAAAGUGGUAUUGGAACCCGGAUACACGAACAUUAAGAGACGCCUUCAUAUUGAAUUUUAAUUUUAUCAUUGGAGUUGAUAACAAAAUAAUUCGUGCUAAAAAUUUUGAACACUGGUUUGUAUCCGAUGACAAUGUUACUUGUUUGCCUCACAGGUAUACACGUUUUCGUAAUCAGUUGAGUGGAUUAAUGUGAAUGAAAAAGAAUCAGAACUUUACUGAAAUAUUGAUUUAAAAAAGAAACUGGAUUUUAGCCUAUAACGUCAGGAUUAGGGUUAUCUUUCAAGAAUCCAAAAUAGCCAUUCCAACUCUUGUUUAUCUUCAUCUUUUUGUUGAAUCCUGAACUUCAACCUGAAAGUGUUUUUGUGACUGUCAUUUAAAUACGUAGUAACUGAAUAUCAUUUAUAUUAUAUUCAACAUUUGUAACUAUAUGCUUACGGAAAAUUCACGCGCUUAUUACAUGAUCGCAUUUCCCCCACGCGUAAAUAUUUACCUUUACAGUAUGUUGAACACUUUGUUUGAAAUGAAAAUACAUCUCAAUUUACAAUUUUUUUGUAACACAAGUAAAUAUGGCUUUAGGGUAGUUAAUAACAAAUAAUAAGUUUUCCAUUGAAAAUGAACGUAACCAAAGGGUACUCAUAAUAAUUGAACAGAAUUAUCAAAAAUGGAUAAGUAUUGAAAUGAUAAAACAAAUAAUUAAAAAAAUCUAAAGUUAUGACGCUAACAAGCUUCCAUACACUAUUAAAAUAUACAGUUUUAUAACACCAGCGGGCUUCCAUAUACAUUACGUCUCCAUAUGAGUGAAAAAUUGUCGAGCGAGACGUUAAGGAAGAUACAAUCAAUUAACCAUAUACCACAAAGUAAUAUAGGACACCACAAAGUAAUAUAGGACACCACAAAGUAAUAUAGGACUAAUAUAGAUAUACACACUGGCCUAAAUAUAUAACUCUGUUACUACUAAGUUAAGGAAUAUCUAAUUCUACCCUGAACCAUAGUAUAUCGACUAUACUAAGGUAUCUACAUGUUAUAAGGUAAAAUCUAACAACUAAAACUCUUUCCCGAACACUACAUUAUGUUUAUGUACUGCAUAUUGAAAACCCUACUCUAUGUAGAAGAACAGAAGCGAACACGAAGUUCUUGUAAAGCA